AUGUCACAACAAAAUGUGUUUGAUCAUCCUCAACAACAACAACAAUUUUUGGGCAUGUCAAAUAACAACACUUCUUCAUCAAGUGAUUUAGGAGGGAGUAAUCAAAACCAAAAUUCUGAAAACGAAAUUCUUCGUUCCAAUGGAGACCAUCAACAACAAAAGAGGAGCAACAAGUGGCACAAACAAGAGCAAAUACAAAAAAUGGAAGCGCUCUUCAAGGAGUCUCCUCAUCUUAAUAGCGAACAAGUGGAACAUUUGAGUCUUGAAUUGGGUCUUACGCCUACGCAAAUCAAACAUUGGUUUCAAAACAAGCGCAACCAAGCUAAGGGAGAACAAGAGCGUCACAAAAACGAGCUUUUAAAAGAUGAAAAUGCGAAGCUUCGUGCUGAAAAUGAGAUGUAUAAGGAGGAAUUAAAAAAUGCUACAUGCUCAAAAUGUGGAGGUCCAACUUCUAUUGGUGAAAGAUUUUGUAAUUACGACCAGCUUAAAAUUGAGAAUGCUAGAUUAAAAGCUGAGAUAGAAGGACCUCACGCCAUCUUAUCUAAACGUUCUUGGAUGUCUGCACCCGCAUUUGAAAUAGGGAAUGGUAAUCAUAUCUUUUCGAGCGUGGCAAAAGAAUUGUGCUAUGAUGGUAAUGACCCAUUUGGAUCACUCUGGAUUCCUAAUGAUUGUGACAACCCAAAGAUUAUUGAACUUGCUGAGGUUUCUAUGGAGGAACUCACAAAGAUGACUCUUGUCGAUUCCCCUUUAUGGAUCUCUACUAAUGACUCUGAGAUUCUAAAUGAAGAUGAAUACAUUAGAGUUUUCCCUAAUGUAUUAGGUCCAAAACUCACAAGAUUAAAAUCAGAAUCUUCAAGAGAAUCCGUGUUGGUUAAUAUGAAUCAUAUUAACCUUGUUGAGACCAUUAUGGAUGUGAAUCAAUGGUCAACUAUGUUUAGUUGCAUUGUUUCAAAUGCAAUGACCCUUAAAGUUUUAUCGCCAAGUGAGUUAGGAAACUACAAUGGAGUUGUGCAAGUGAUGUCAGCUGAUUUUCAAGUUCUUUCACCACUUGUUCCUGCUCGUAAAAACUAUUUCGUUAGAUAUUGUAAGCAGCACCAACAACGGGUGUGGGCAAUUGUUGAUGUUUCGUUGGAUCAUUUGCGACCAAAUAGUAAUGCAACACCAAAAAGUCGAAGACGACCCUCUGGUUGUUUAAUUCAAGAAUUACCAAAUGGUCACUCAAAGGUUACAUGGGUUGAGCAUGUAGAAGUGGGCGACAACACAAUGUCACCCAAUACAUUUUAUAAGUCUCUAAUAACUUCUGGUUUUGCCUUUGGAGCUAAGCGAUGGGUGGCAUUAUUAUGUAGACAAUGUGAACGUCUUGCUUAUUCAAUGACCACAGACAUACCUGCAGGAGAUCAUUGUGUGAUGAAUGGUGUUCAAGGAAGGAAGAGUUUGUUGGAUUUGGCUGAGAGAAUGGAAGUGUGUUUUUCUAAUGUUGCUGGUUCUUCUAUAGCAAGUUGUUGGAAUGUGCUUACAUCUGAUUCUGAUGAUGUGAGGGUCAUGACCAGAACUAUUAUUGGUAAACCUGGAACAUCCCCAAGUAUAGUUGUUAGUGCUGGAACUUCUCUUUGGCUUCCAGUUCUUCCAAGGAGGCUUUUCAAUUUUCUAGGAAACCAAAAUUCAAGAAGUGAGUGGGAUAUUAUUUCUAUUGGGGCUACAAUUAAAGAAAUGGCACACAUAACACAUGGUCAUGAUCUUGAUAAUUAUGUCUCUCUAUUUCAUAUUAAUAGUGAAAAUUGCUACCAAAAUAAUAUGAUUGUGCUUCAAGAUAAUAACAUUGAUAGUACAGGCUCACAUGUUAUUUAUGCUCCAAUUGAUAUCAAUGCUAUGAAUGUAGUUUUCAAUGGUGGUGAUCCAAAUUUUCUUACCUUACUUCCCUCUGGUUUUGUUAUUCUUCCCGACGGAGUUCGACUAAGCAAUGGAGGACCUAUGCUUAAUGCCAUUGGAUCUGGAGGUUGUAUACUGACAAUUUCAUUUCAAGCUUUAGUUGACUCAAGUCCAACAAGAAGAAUAACAAAUGGUUUCGUAAAAGAAUUUGUUAAUUUGAUUAAGAAUACAAUUGAACGAAUCAAAGUUGCAUUGGCCUGUGACAGAACGCCUAAUUGUAAAGAUUAAUCUGAUCAAAGAGAACAGAGUGAGGAGGAGAAUAACAUACAAGUUGGGAAGUAAAAAAAACCCCUCAAUGAGCACAUCUUGAAAGGAUCUUACAUUUGACCAUUGACUUUCUUAAAUAAAUAUUAGUUCUAUGAAGCCUAUGUAGACUUUUUAUAUCAUUGUGUUGUAGUCUUGUAGAGCUGAAGAAAACUUAUAAU